UCAUCCUUUUACUUAUAUAUCCACCCGGCCCUAUAGCACAGUUGUGGAGAUCAAGAUGGCAGAAGUGAAGGUUCUAGGCAGUUGGGGAAGUCCAUUUAGCCGCAGAGUUGAGAUGGCUCUCAGACUGAAAGGAGUUGAGUAUGAAUUGAUAGAAGAAGACCUGUCCAACAAGAGCCCCUUGCUUCUCCAAUACAACCCAAUCCACAAGAAAAUCCCUGUGCUCUUGCACAAUGGAAAACCACUUGCAGAAUCUCUUGUCAUUGUUGAAUACAUAGAUGACACCUUUCCAGGCACUCCCAUUUUGCCUCAGGACCCUUAUCACAGAGCUUUGGCUCGUUUCUGGGCUAAGUUCAUAGACGAAAAGUGCAUGCCAGCGUUGACGAAAGCUCUAUUUGCGAAAGGGGAGGAGCAAGAGAAGGGAAAAGAGGAAGCUUGUGAGCUUCUGAAAAUUCUCGACAAAGAAUUGGAGACGAAGAAGUUCUUGGGAGGGGAGACAAUUGGGUUUGCUGAUAUAGCCGGCAAUUUCGUCGCGUUUUGGGUUGGAGUUCUUGAAGAAGCUGUGGGAGUGGAAAUUGUGACGAAAGAAAAGUUCCCCAAUUUAUGUCGCUGGAAAGAGGAUUUCAUCAAUUGCGACGAAAUCAAAGAGACCCUACCAGCCAGAGACAAACUGCUCCAUGUUUUCAAGGGUGGAUUCAUACCAGCCACUGCCCGUGCUAGCAUGCAGUGAAUACACAUACAUGCUCUUUUGUGUUAUUAUAUAUAUGUUAUAAAAACGAUGUACUAUGGAAUAACAUAAUAAUGUAAUAGUGUUUAUGUCGCAUGUUAUACAUAUUAUGUACGUAUACUACUAUAUAUGUUACCUGUGCAAUAAGAGUAUAAGACUCAUUUUAUGUUCUUUA